UCACUUCGACAUUCUUGCCCAAUAUGAGAAAGUUUCAAUGGGGUUUUUUGGUUAUGCUCCUUUUGAACUUGGAGACUCUAUCUAUUGCUUGUCCAACAUGUGAACCACCAUCUCCACCUACUAAACCCCCAUAUCUCCCACCAAUUAUCGUCAAACCACAACCAUCACCACCAAAAUUAACCCCACCAGUGUAUAAACCACCGCCACAAUCAUCCCCACCCUCCUUUCCAAAACCGCCAACCACUAGUCCUGCCCCUCCAACUAUUAAACCACCUUAUUCCCCUAAACCACCAUUUCUACAUCCACCUACCGUUAAACCACCAACCACCACACCUAGUCCGACUCCACCCACAUCUAAGCCACCUUCCGUACAUCCACCCAUUGUUAAACCACCUUAUUUCCCAAAGCCACCAUUCAUACAUCCACCCGUCGUUAAACCACCUUAUUUCCCAAAACCACCAUUCAUACAUCCACCCGUCGUUAAACCACCUUAUUUCCCAAAGCCACCAUUCGGUCAUCCACCUGUUGUUAAACCACCUUAUUUCCCAAAGCCACCAUUCGUACAUCCACCAAUCGUCAAACCACCAUUUAUACAUCCACCCAUUGACAACCCACCGUUGGUACUUCCACCAUUUGUACAUCCGCCAAUAGUAAAACCACCAUUUGUACAUCCACCUUUUUGGCCAAAAGCACCUCUUUUGUUUCCACCAAUAGAAAUACCACCUAAAAUAUAUCCACCUAGUCAUCCUAUGCCACCAGUAAUUUUGCCACCAAUUUAUCCACACUACGUGUCACCACCGCCACCACCACGGGUCACAAAACCGCCACCUACUCCAAUAAUUUUUCCACCACCAACCGCUAAAAGACCACCUCAUCCACCAUUAAUAGUGCAUCCUCCGCCAUCACCAGUUGUAAAGCCAUGCCCACCACCGCCACCACCGUCAGUGCCAUGCCCGCCACCAUUGAAAUCGGUGCAAGAAAAAUCUUGAAGUGAAAAUUUGUAACGGGAAAUAAAAUGUUUAAGCAACUCUUAAAUAUGUAUGCUCUUAAUAAGUAGGAAUUCCUUCAUCAAAUGAAAACUAAAACCAUAUUAAGAUGUUUUGAUGCAUUUUAUAAAAUAUGUUAUUUGUUGUUGUA